CUACUGAUGCCUUUGAGGGGAAUGUGGCGCUUGAGGGUCUGCUGGCGGCGGAGCUGUACAGGAUUGGGCAUGCCGCAAGAAUCCGCAAGAACUUGCGGCUCGGAGCUGCCUUUCUGCCGAUACAUGGCCCACUAGCGAGCUACACCUCGGUCAGCUUAAGACUGCAUGAUACGUCAACUGCGCAGUUGCACAACUUCGGGCACCUCCGUCCAUCCGAGUAUGAAAGCCCGCUAGCCUCUCGGCAGAUCUUGAGACGAAAUCCUCGACGCACGCCUCGCGCUCGGGCGAUGUCCCGGAAUGUGGCCGUGCUUGCCCUGUGUCAGCGGGGCGCUGUUGCGGUGUCUCAAGACAUGUGGGGUCCGGCCGAGGGCGGUGAUCUCCCUGCGGCGGACAACCAUCCCAUGACUCAUAAA